AUGGAGCUCCAGCCGUUACCAGUCAUCGCCUUCCUAGAUCCCUCAGAGUCUAAACACUACAACAGUCCCGAAGCCAAUGUUUCCGAAGAUAUCUCAUCGGAGGGGCGACCUCUAUCCAAACUCCAACUGGCGAUGACGAUCCUCCAGCCAUCCCUCAUCAAUUUCUUUGGCAGCUUUACAACAGGCAUCAUCACCGUUGGCCUUCCGGUCAUCGCAUCAUCCAUAUCCCUCCAUCGUUCUCUAUAUCUUUGGCCAUCCUCCGUCUACAAUCUCACGUCCGGUGCUGCUCUUUUGAUCGCCGGUUCCGUUGCCGAUAUCAUUGGCGCGCGACAUGUCGAGGUCUGCGGCAUAUUCCUCACAGGUAUCUUUGUCCUAGCAUGUGGCUUCUCCCAAACCGGCAUCCAGCUUGUCGUGUUUCGCGCCCUGCAGGGCAUAGCUUUGGCCAUGCAUAUUCCAGCGUCGGUCUCAAUUAUCGCGGGGGCAGUGCCCGCAGGAAGGGCACGGAAUAUCGGCUUCGGUUGCUUGGGUCUGAGCCAGCCGCUAGGGUUCUCAUUUGGCAUGGUAGCCAGUGGAAUCAUGAUUGAGAGGAUUGGAUGGCGAUCUGGGUUUUACAUGUCGGGAGCUGCAAUUUUAGUUGCUGCUGUCGCCUCUUGGCUGACGCUACCUAAGGUGAAGGCCGAGGCUGGAGGUUUGACAAUAGGAAACUUACUGAAGAGGCUAUGGAAAGAAAUAGAUUGGGUUGGAGGAACCAUUGCCAGCAGCGGACUGGCGUUAUUGUCCUACGUCUUAGCGAUGGUAAGCGCCGACCUAUCCAUAAUCCGAUCUGCAACAACGGUUUCACUACUUGCUGUUAGCCUCGUCCUGCUCAUCGCAUUUCCUCUUUGGAUGCGAUAUCGUGAACGCAAAGGACAAUCCGCUCUUAUUCCUAAUGCGCUGUGGAAGAAUGUGCCAUUUGCAAGCAUUUGUGCGCUUGUUGCAUUGUCAUAUGGUGCGAUGAAUUCGAUGGAAAUAUUCUCCAGCUUGUAUUUUCAAGAAGUCCAGAAUCAUUCCACACUCACUGCAUCUCUAUACCUCCUUCCCAAUCUCAUGGUCGGCGUGUGUAUCAAUUUGAGUGUGGGUAUAUUCGUCGAUCGGCUCCCUGCAGGCUGGCUCGUAGUGGGAUCCUCGUUGCUGUGCGCUCUUGCACCGCUCAUGAUGGCACUGGUUAACCCAAAUUGGAAGUACUAUUAUAUCGAGCUCUGGGCGCAGAUGCUCGCUCCUUUAAGUGCUGACGUACUCUACACAGUGGGCCUUAUCAUUGUGAGUGACAACUUUCCUGCGAGAACUCAGGCUCUCGCAGGCGCUGUGUUCAGCACAGUAGCCCAAUUUGGAACCAGCUUGAGUGUUGGAGUAUGCCAGGUGGCCGCUCUAGGGGUGAUGGGAUCGGACGUAAAUUCGAGUGGCGACUCGAACAGUGCAACUUUGGAGGGUGCUAGUGACAUGCUGAGAGGGUAUCGGGCAGGCUUUUGGACGAUGUUCGCCUCCAUGGUGUGUUGUGUUCUUAUAGCUAUUGUGGGACUGCGGCGAACUGGAAAGGUGGGCUUAAAGAAGGACUAG